UACGACGACGCGGUCGCCUGGUACGAGAACGAGGGGUCCCAGCCCUUCACGGAGCGUGCCACCACGAGCACGACCGACGAGGCCUACUCCGCCAUCGCCGUCGGCGGCGGCGACGACGACGUGCUCUCCGCGUCCCAGUACGACGACGCGGUCGCCUGGUACGAGAACGAGGGGUCCCAGCCCUUCACGGAGCGGGUCACGGCCGAUGGGUCCCAGCCCUUCACGGAGCGCAUCACCACGAGCACGACCGACGGCGCCUACUCCGCCAUCGCCGUCGACGGCGGCGACGACGACGUGCUCUCCGCGUCCCAGUACGACGACGCGGUCGCCUGGUACGAGAACGAGGGGUCCCAGCCCUUCUCCGCCAUCGCCGUCGGCGGCGGCGACGACGACGUGCUGUCCGCGUCCCAGUACGACGACGCGGUCGCCUGGUACGAGAACGAGGGGUCCCAGCCCUUCACGGAGCGGGUCACGACCACGAGCACGGCCGAUGGGUCCCAGUCCUUCACGGAGCGCAUCACCACGAGCACGGCCGACGGCGCCUACUCCGCCAUCGCCGUCGGCGGCGGCGACGACGACGUGCUGUCCGCGUCCCAGUACGACGACGCGGUCGCCUGGUACGAGAACGAGGGGUCCCAGCCCUUCACGGAGCGGGUCACGACCACGAGCACGGCCGAUGGGUCCCAGUCCUUCACGGAGCGCAUCACCACGAGCACGGCCGACGGCGCCUACUCCGCCAUCGCCGUCGGCGGCGGCGACGACGACGUGCUGUCCGCGUCCCAGUACGACGACGCGGUCGCCUGGUACGAGAACGAGCGGUCCCAGUCCUUCACGGAGCGGGUCACGACCACGAGCACGGCCGAUGGGUCCCAGGCCUUCGUCGGGCGCAUCAUCACGAGCACGGCCGACGAGGCCUACUCCGGCUUCGCCGUCGACGGCGACGUACGGCGCGGACCACCAGCCAACGCGUACAACAAGGUCUACGAGAUCCCGCUCGAGGAGUACUUCGAGACGGAGGAGUUGAUGGGCAAGAAGAAAGACCGCGAGGUCGACGGGGACGCGUGCUUCCAGCGCGAGGACCGCGUCCGCGUGACGGAGGGGCGGCACGCGGGCCGCUUCGGCGUCAUCGACAGCAAGCGCGGUAGCUGGUUUAAGGUCAAGCUCGACGCCGACGCGGAGAUCGUCUCCGUGCGCACGACGCAG